CGAAUUUAUACUCGAGGUGGAAGCUUGCUAUCAUGGCUACCGAGAGGAACACCUCCAUCAACCACGAUGAAUCCGAUUUCAAGACCGGAGUUGUGGCAACGGAGGAGAUCGUUGUCCAGCGAAUUACAGAUGACGACCUGAUCAAGAUGUCCAAGGAAGCUUUCCCAAACUUCUGGUGCCAAACAGGAUGGAGGAUCUGCCUGCUCAUGUUCGUUCAAGGCUGCAACCAAGCAGGUUAUGGAGUCGACUGGGCUGUCAUUGGCAACAUCAAUGCUUACGAUAGCUGGCAUAACUACUUCGGCUUUGGAACCAGCGGAUCGACAUAUGGCACUAUCACAGCCCUUAUGCGCAUAGGUUUAGUAUGUGGGGCACCGUUCCUGGCAUUAUCGGAUCGUAUUGGUCGUCGAGGCGUCAACUUCCUGGGAAAUUUCCUCGUUAUUGUUGCUGCACUUUUGCAGGGUCUGGCACCCAAUCUAUCAUGCUUCAUGGCUGGUCGAUUCAUCCUCGGAUUUGGAUCUUCAUUGAUGUCCAGCCCUCAGUACAUCGCUGAAAUUGCCCCUGCACACAUGCGCGGUCGUAUGGUUGGCAUAUUCGGCGCGUGCUUCCAAAUAGGAUCGGUCUGCAUGAACGCAGCUAUGAUAGCCUUUUCAAGAAUGUCUACCGAUAAUAACUGGCAAUGGCGAAUUCCGGUUAUUCUUGAGGCUCUCUUCCCAUUCAUCGUUUGCGCGACCAUUUACUUCUUCACCCCUGAAUCGCCUCGCUACCUUGUGCUCAGGGGACAGAAAGAGAAGGCUAAAGAGACUAUUGCUCGGUACAUGACAACGUCCGGAAGUACUUCAGAGCCUCUUGUUGGCGUUAUCUUGGCGCAAAUCGAAGAGUCACUGGAGACCUCCAAAACCGGUUUCAGACAAUCAUGGAACUUUGCAGUCUUCGUCACCAAACCUGUACGCUUCAGACUUCUUGUUCUAACCCUCUAUUCCUGCUUUCAGAGCUGGAAUGGAGGAGGAAUAGUUUCAUAUUAUUUAACUCCAGCACUUGAGACGAUAGGUGUGAAAGAUACCAUCGACCAACUUGGGAUAUCGUUGGGCCUCACAGCGACUUACUUCAUCUUCACCACAGUAGGAGCAUGGUUUGUAGACUCAUUCAAGCGUCGAACUCUUAUCUUUGCUGGCCUCAUUGGCGUGGUUUUGAUGCAGGUAGCUGCUACCAUCACUUCGUGGCAAUAUAACGUCAAGGCUUCGACGGCUACAUCUGCACUUACGAUUAUGUGGAUGUUUAUGUUCCAGAUCAUAUCAGCUAUGUUCAUUGCGACUAUGCACAACUUGUAUCCGGUUGAGAUUCUUUCGCUCCCCCUGCGAGCGAAAGGAAUGGGUCUCUAUGGUGUCAUCCAGGGUGCAGCUGGUGCCAUUGAAUCUUACGGUAUCUCCAUUGGUAUCAACAAGAUUGGAUACAAGAUCUGGGUGGUAUAUAUUGUGUACAACUGCUUUCAGUUGGUCGCAUCAUACUUUGUAUUCCCCGAAACGAGCAAGCUCACUUUGGAGGAAAUCGAUGCUGUGUUCGAGACUCCUGGAGUCAACCCAGUUAAGAUGUCAUUGAGCAUACAGAAGGCAAAGGUCGAGCAGAGAAGGCUGGACCGGGCCAUGGAGGUCGAGGACGAGGCUACCCGAUAG